AGGCUUCAUAAAUCGUUUAAAUAAUGCAAGUAAUUAUGUCAAAAUAUCAUUUCCAUAAGUAUAACACGAUCCCGAAUGUCAACAUUACCUGCCACAGGUAAAUUUCAACGUUAGCGAUUUCCGCCGUUCUCCGUGAGUCGUCGUAGUUUUCCGCCAAUAAAAAAGCCGUGACGUCAUUUUAGUCCUUCUGCUCAUUUGACCGGUUCCGGUAUCCCGUUGUUUACAUUGGAGAUGGUUCACUGUGUUGUUGUGAAUUGCAACAGUAAAACUGGGUGUGGAGAAAGUUUUUUCAAAUUUCCUGACAAAGAUAAGGAAAAAGAUCUCUACCACACAUGGAUAGUUAAGAUAAGACGCUCACAGUCACAUACGCCUAAUUCUAAAAAGCUUUGGGAGCCAUCUAAGCAUUCUCACGUCUGCUCAAAGCACUUCAGUUCUGACAGUUUCACGAAAGACCCGUUGUUACUCCAGGCUAUUAAUUUCACUGCAAAAGGCUUACGCCUAAAAAAAGAUAGUUUCCCGACAUUAUCACUGGGAGUAGAGCCGUUACUUGGACCUGAUACACCGAGAGGUGGUUUUAGAAAGAGAGAAAGACAAAGGGUUCUCCAAGACAUAUUUUCUAACUUUGACUUUGAGGAUGGGAGGAAAGUAAGGAAAGCCAAUCAAGACACAGGAGCAAGUUAUGAUCUGAUUCCACUAUUAGAAACUAGUACUAGUAAUAAUAAUUCUGAUAUUAUUGACCACCAAGUACCGGUACCACAAUCAAGCUCAAUUUCAAUAUCACCAGAUGUGGUACUUCAGAGAUCUGCAAAGACCUAUGUGAAAUCCACCCAAACAUUAAGAGGUGUGGUCAGUCAAGGUUGUCAGACAUCCUCCUCAUUUAUUAAGUAUGCUGAUGCUGCAACCCAAACAGACGAGUUACCACAGAAUCCUGUUGUGGUACAAGAAAUUGUUUCUCAAGUUUCUUCUUCUACUGCCAGUGAGGAUGAAUACACUACAGAUGAUGAAUUGAAUGAUAAGCAGGAUGAGGAUUGGUUUCCAUAUACGACUGAUGAUGAAAGUGAUGAUAGUGAUAGUGUUUUUAAUGAAAUAAAUAUUACUGAUAUUUUAAACACAGAUAAGGUUGAAGAAAGGAAAUAUAUUGUUUUUGAAUCAAAUAUAAAAGAGCUUCUAGAGGUGUGCAGAGAAUGUCACAAUAAGUGUGUAGUUGUGCUUAAGCAAAAUGUGGGUAGUAUGGUUGUUAUGGAGGCAACAUGUGAAGCAGGGCACACAUUUCUGUGGAGUAGUCAGCCAUCAAACAAUCAGUUACCAUUAGGAAACUUGUUACUUUCUGCAAGUAUCCUGUUUUCAGGUGCUAGUGUCACAAACAUUCUUAAUGUGUUGAACAGAAUAAAUGUGUCUUCAUUUACAGACAGAACAUACAGACAUAUUCAGUCUUGUUACCUGGUACCAGCUGUUAAGAAUGUUUGGUCACUUUGGCAAAUGGCAGCAGUAAGAGAAGUUAAAGGGAGAAAUGUAAAACUUGGAGGGGAUGCUAGGUGUUGUUCACCAGGCCACACAGCUAAAUAUGGUAGUUAUUCUCUUAUGGAUUUGGAGAGUGGAAUUGUCUUAGAUGUGCAACUGAUACAGGUUACAGAAGUUAAUAAUUCAUACGCAAUGGAGAAAGAGGGUCUGAUUCGGGGACUAGAGGCUCUGAAAGGAAAGGGAGUUCAAGCAACAGACCUAACUACAGACAGACAUUGUUCAGUGAGAAAGCACAUGAGAACUAUGGAACCAGAUAUAAAUCAUUGGUUUGAUGUGUGGCAUGUUGCUAAAGGUGUUUAUAAGAAACUGAUACUAUUAUCUAAGAAGAAAGGCUGUGAACAGAUUGAAGAAUGGGCACAAUCCAUAUCUAAUCAUUUGUAUUGGGCAGCUGCUAGCAGUGAUGGAGAUGGUGAUUUGGUAGAGGCAAAAUGGAAGUCAAUAACAAAUCAUGUGGCCAAUCUUCAUGAUGGACAUGGUGAGCUAUAUCAAAGAUGCCAACAUGAACACCUAGACCGUCAUUGGAUCAAGAAAGGAUCAAAAGCACACAAGUUACUGAAAGAGUGUUUAUUGAAAAAAAGUUUUAUGAAAGAUAUUCAAAAGUUGUCCCCAGCCGAGCAGACAUCCAAAUUGGAAUCUUACCACAAAGUUGUCUGCCAAUUUGCACCCAAAUUCCAACACUUUUUUUUAUGAUGCCAUGAAUGCAAGAUUGUUAUUGGCUGCAAUGCAUAACAAUGAAAACUGUGUUAGACAACAGGCUACUAAAAGGGAUGGUACUGCCAAAUGGAAGAUAGCUUACCCAAAAGCCAAACAUGGAGACC